AUGAUCACAGACGUACAAUUAGCCGUAUUCUGCAACAUUCUGGGAGUUACACUGUUCUUCUUAGUGUUUCUCUUCCACUACAUAAGCGCAAAUUAUUUGAAAUGAGGAAUAGAAAGUCGCUACUCACAGUUUGUUUAAUAUAACCUAUAUUAUUGGAUUGAGAGAUGGCAUACUAUUCCUUGUACGUUGAUGAUCACAAUUCGGUAAAUGUUUCACUUUGCAAUUGGAGAUAACAGGAUAUCUUAUUUAUACAUAUAUAUAUGGCAUAAUAAGCGAGAAGUACUCAAUCAUUUUUCCAUGUUGUGUGGAGUUGUUAGGAAAUAAACUUUGUAUUAUGGUUUAAAA